AUGUCCUUCAGCCGGGCUGAGCGACCAUGGCUUCUUCCCUACAAUCACAAGCUUCGGAACCUACUCUCAAUAUCGCUGCGUAAUUUAUCGCUCGACCCAAAGCUCGCCACACGCUCUCGAGGCAAGACGAUAGACGAUGACGCUCUUCCUCAGACACUCAACUCGCCCGCGAAGCUGGUUGCCUUGCGAGAACAGCAGACGAUAGGUCACUCGCGAAGCUCGACCGACCUGCGCGCGGAUAGCGCCCACGCGUCGCCGGAGGGAUCCGAGAGGCCCAAGAGCAUGGCGUUGACAUCACCAACCAAGAGACCAGAGCUCGGCAGGACGAAACGAAGGAGCACAAUGGAGUGGGCCACAGCCACGCCACAAAAGAGACAACAGAGGCUGGAGGCUGUCACAAGAGGCCGAAUGGCUGAUGUGUUCUUCAGCUUGCAUGUUGAUGGCAUUGCAGAACCUGUAUACGUCUCAGAGACAGUUGAGAAGACCAUGAAUCCCACGUUCAGAUCAAUUGAUUGGUCUCUGUGCGGACCUGCCAUUACAAGUACGACGACCGCUCAUUUCGAGCUGGCCCAGAGUUCCACGCAGCGCCCGACCUUGAGCUCUUCGUUCGAUGCCCUACUCCGUCUGUCCAAACUGGACGACAGUAUCCAGGAUGCGCUGGCCGCGCGGGACCAGCUUGCAAGAGACCUGGAAGAUAUCCUCCGAACCAACAAGGCCGCUCUGACGGAGCGAGAUCAAGUCGCUGAGGCCGAAGACCGCUUGAAGACAAUCGACUUUGCAAAGAGGACCGUCCAGAAGCAGCUUGAAAAGGCUCGCAAACAGUCAGAAGAGAGACGAGUUUCUCUAGAGACCAGACGGUCCUUGAUGACGUCUGACGCUGCUGCACGGCAGUCCAAAUGGCAGGAUGUCAAUGAAGCCAAGCCUGAGCUCCCGGCGUGGAAGGAACACAAUAGUGCGUUGGAAAGUACAAUCCAAAGUCAGAGGCGUCGCAUUUGUGAGGAUCUGCAGAAAUGCUAUCCCAUACAGCCUGUACCAGGCAAGACCCUUGCAUUCUCAAUCCGAGAACUACAUCUUCCGAAUAGCGAGCAACUGGAUUCGGAACCGCCGGAAGUCGUUUCGGCAGCUCUCGGCCACAUUGCUCACACACUCCAACUUAUGGCUUUCUACCUCUCACAAUCGUUGCCGUAUCCGGUCAUGCCUCGCGGCAGUACCAGUACAGUCUACGAUCCAGUCAGCAUCCUGAAGUCCAACACGACCUCCAACUCUCAAGCCGCCGAAGACAAACUCCGACUAUAUCCGCUCUUCAGCAAAGGCGUGCCUCGAUUUCGAUACGAGUACGGAGUUUUCCUGCUGAAUGAGAACAUCCGGGUAUUACUGGAGAAUACUUUUGGCUUGAAGGUGCUUGACAUCCGGCAGACCCUGCCAAACUUGAAAUAUUUGCUCUACGUGGCAACAGCCGGAGAAGGAGAGCUGCCUGGGAGAAAGAUGGGUGGCAUCAGAGGGUUGACGCGGCCGCGAGUACACGAGCGGGCGAAGGGCGCAGUUGACAGACUCAGAGAGAUCAGCGGUGCUGGGCCGGGGCAGAAAUAA